CAAAAAAGAUGGUCUCUGUCUUUGUCAAUACAAGAGAAGAGAGAGUUGUUUGAUUUUAGUUUUUUUUUUUUAUUAUAAUUAAAAAUAGAAACUCACAACCGUGAAUCCAGCCAUGAAACUUUUUUUGGAAAAUCAUUUUUCUUUUAAAUAAUUGCUUUUUCGAUUUCUAAUUUUUGGUUGUUCGUUAGCUCAGAAAAGCCCAUUCUACACAAAGAUCGAUUCUUUAUUUUUCUUGUUUAUUUUAUUAAAUCACACUGAGCGUUUCUUUCUUCUACAAAAGUUUGUUCCUUUCUUUCUUCUUUUAACUCACUCCACUGUUAGAGAUCUGUUUCUGUCUUGCUUUCACACUCUUCUUCUUCUUCUCUUCUAGUAGUAGUAAGAGAAGUGAGAGAGAAAUGGAGAAGCUUUUUCUAGUAGUGUUUGUUAUAGCUGGGUUAAUACUAGGAACUCAAGCUAAUGAAUAUUUAGAUUUCAAUGUCACUGAAGUAGAUCGCAUUGAGGAACUAGAGUUUGGUUUCUCUAAAUAUAGUUCCAAUUUGAACCCUUUAAUGGUUGGCCUCACUCUUAUCAGAGGAGCUGAUUCUGGAGCUGUUUGUUUGGAUGGAACAUUGCCUGGAUAUCACUUGCACCGUGGACAUGGAUCUGGAGCUAAUAGCUGGCUCAUUCAAUUGGAGGGAGGAGGAUGGUGCAACAACAUCAGAACCUGUGUUUACCGGAAGAAGACUCGACGUGGAUCCUCUAACUAUAUGGAGAAGCAGCUUCAGUUUACAGGAAUCCUGAGUGAUAAAGCUCAAGAAAAUCCUGACUUCUUCAACUGGAAUAGAGUUAAGCUUCGUUACUGCGAUGGCGCUUCUUUCAGUGGAGAUGGCCAGAAUCAGGCUGCACAGCUUCAGUUUAGAGGAGAGCGAAUCUGGAGAGCCGCAAUAGAUGAUUUGAAGGCAAAAGGAAUGCGAUACGCCAACCAGGCACUUCUCUCUGGAUGCUCUGCUGGUGGUUUAGCAGCAAUUUUGCGCUGUGAUGAGUUUAGGAACUUGUUCCCUGGAUCAACCAAAGUCAAGUGCUUGAGUGAUGCAGGCUUGUUCUUGGACACAGCCGAUGUUUCAGGAGGCCGCACCAUCAGGAACUUAUACAAUGGUGUAGUAGAAUUGCAGAGUGUGAAGAACAACUUGCCACGCAUAUGCACAAACCAUCACGAUCCAACAACGUGUUUCUUCCCACAAAACUUGAUCAGUCAGAUGAAAACUCCACUUUUUAUUGUCAACGCAGCAUAUGAUACCUGGCAGAUUCAAAGCAGUAUAGCUCCAACGUCAGCUGAUCCUAGUGGAUUCUGGCAUGACUGCAGACUAAACCAUGGCAAAUGUACUCCUGCACAACUGCGUUUCUUGCAAGGAUUCAGGGAUCAAAUGCUUAGAGUAGUCAAGGGUUUCUCAAUGUCUAGACAGAAUGGAUUGUUCAUCAACUCUUGCUUUGCUCACUGUCAAACUGAGAGGCAAGAUACUUGGUUUGCCGAUGAUUCUCCUGUCAUCAGGAAAAAGGCUGUGGCAAUAGCAGUGGGAGAUUGGUAUUUCGAUAGAGCGGAAGUAAAGUUAGUCGAUUGCCCCUACCCGUGUGACAAGAGCUGCCACAACUUGGUGUUCAGAUGAUUGAUUGAUUCUGUUCUUUACUAUCAGCAUACAUACCUUAGAAAGUUUCUUUCUUUCAAAAGGAAAGAUCUUGUACCUUUGGCAGUACCAAUGCCUCAUUGGUAUAUAAUUGAUUUGUGUUAUGGAAAACCAUAAUAAAAACCAAAACAAAGUUCUUAAAAGGAGCAUAAAUGUAAUCACAGAGAAAAGGCUCUUUCUUUUGUUAAUGCAAGUAGUUGAUCUAAA